AUGACUGGCAAGUCGGACAAGUCCAAGCACGAGAAUAAGGCGGAGAAUAAGGCCAAGCACGAGAAUAAGGCCGAGAAUAAGGCCAAUCAAACAGGCAGGGCCAAGCAAGCGGACGCAGCAGCAGCCGCCCCCAUCCAGGGCGCGUGCGUGCGGUUCUCCCUAGCUGACAUGGUAGCCGCGACGAGCGACUGGUCGCCGCAGUUGCACUUGAUGAGGGGCAGCUACAGCGAGCUGUUCAAAGGCGUAGACCCGCGCGAUGGCGUCACUCCGUGGCUCCUCAAGCGCCGCUUGCGCUGCACCGACGAGUUCCAGGCCGAGGUGGCGGAGAUGGGGCACAAGAACCACCCUCACCUGGUGCGGCUCCUGGGGUACUGCGAUGAGCAGGACGAGCAGGGGCGCAGGGAGCAGGUGGCCGUGUAUGAGUUCAUGACUGGCGGCAGCAUUGUCGACAAGUUUGGUCCGGUGUUGCAGUAUACUUGCUGUGCUGCUUCUGCUAGCCUGGCAUCUGCGAAGAUCGCGGGGUUUGACUCGGUGGCGAGCAGUGCGGCAGUGAGUGAGGGCGAGCGGUUAGUGCCGACCACGGGCGUGCGUGGCUAUGUGGACCCGCACCUGCUGCUCUCUCACGAGCCCUCCACCACCAACGACCUCUACAGUCUGGGGGUGGUGAUGCUGGAGUUGCUGUCAGGCCGCCGUUCCCUCACUCCAAGACAAACCACGGCACAUACUUUCAGAGAGAGUGUGAGUGUGCGCUGUGGGAGUGUGCGUGGAGGUGGUGCGAGCGUGCGAGUGAGUGGAGCAUUGGGGUGGGUGGCUGCGUGCAAGUGGAGUCUGGUGCAGCUGGCUCGUGCCGGACUUGCAUGCACAUCCAUGCCUGCGUCCUCCCGGCCCUCCCUGGGAAGAAUCCUUGCUGAGCUGGAGAUUGUGCGGGAUGACGUGGCAAAGGAGUUGAGGAAGAUGGAGGAAGAGGCAGAGAAACAACCAGGAAAACUGGAGGAAGGGAACGGUGGCGCGGCAGAAGACAAUAUGGGGCAGGCUCAUCUUGACUCGUGGGCUGGUGCUGGUCUCCCCCCCCCGAGUGAUCUGUCCUCCAGUCUUCCUUCCCAACCACCGCCCCCUCCUCCUGUGGUCGUUCCCUCCUCCUCCGCGCUCCCGCUGGCGCCGCUGCUGUGCCAGCAGGUGAGUGUGGCGGAGGUGAUCAACGAGAUGGCAUCGAAACACCACCCUCACCUGGUGCGGCUGCUGGGGUUCUGCAUGGACUACGAUGCGGCAGCGGAGCACAUGGAGCAGAUCGCCAUCUAUGAGUUCAUGCCCAAUGGGGACCUAUACCAACGCAUGCACGCGGAAGCCACAGCACUGAUUUGUUCAACCUGUUUCCUGCCCACUCCUGCACACCUGCCUCUCGUCUUGUUUGGCAUCUUCUUUCUGCCGUCCACACACUCUCCUUUCCGCCCUUGUCCUCUCCUUGUUCCUCUCCCUCCCUCUCCCCCCAGCUUUGGAGUGCUGAUGAUGGAGCUGCUGGCAUGCAAGCAUGUUGUGCUGCUAUCUGAAGAUGGCUCGCACACCAACAUCAAGGAAUGGGUGGAGCAACAGGUGGAGAGAGGGAACACUGCAGCUGUUGUGAAUGCGGAUCUCAAUGCACCACACGCCAUGGCCUCCAAGCUAGUGGAGAUGGCUCUUUCAUGUGUUGCAAGGCUCGUGUCCAAUCGUCCAAGCAUGAGCGAGGUGCUAGUUCAGCUCGAAACUCUGCAGAGGGAAUACAUGGACCGAAGCUGCAGAAGCUCCAGGGAGGGUCUCUCACCUCUUCCCGUUUCCUCGAAGCCCGUGCUUGUCGCAAUUCUCAACUCUACACCAUCCCUCCACACACCCACCACGUUCCCGCCAAUCGCAGCUCCCCACGUCCACCCACCAACCACCCGCUCAUAUCCACCGUCCACAAUCUCCCCUUCACCACCCGUCCGAUCCGUGCGUCCCGUCCUCGGCGCUAUGCGGCUAGCGGAGAUGCGCGCGGUGUACGCGCAGCUGGCGCCGCUGAUGGCGGGCAUGAUCCUGGUGGCCAUGGGGCUGUGCGUCGCGCUCGUCUCCAUGCUAGACGUCAUCGUCUCAGCGCUCUGCCCCACCGACCAGUGCCCCGAGGCACUCAUGCUCUCCGCCGGCCGCGCCACGAUAGGCGGCAUAGCGAACAUCAUCGUGGCGCCCAUAUUCGGAGGCCUCUCCGACAAGCACGGUCGCAAGCCCUUCCUGCUGCUCGGCAUCGCAGGCAUCACCAUCCCCUACGCCAUCCUCGCUACCAGCUCCAGUCGCCUGGCCGUGUACCUGUUCUUUGCAGCAGAGACGGCAGGGUCUGCCCUGGGCGGCUCUGCAUGGCUCAAUCUUAUCUACGCCUAUGUGGCGGACGUGACAGCAGAGGCCAACAGGGCGGCGGCGUUUGGAGCCAUCUCCGGCACCACUGCCUUUGGCUUCCUCGCUGGCCCGCUCGUCGCCCGAUUCGUGCCUCCUGCCAUCACCUUCCAUGUGGCAACGCUGCUGUGCUCGUGUGGGUGGGCGUACAUUCUCAUCAUGGUGCCUGAGUCCCUGCCCUCCCACCGCCUCCUGCGCAAGGCCGCCUCGCUUGCGGACGAGGAGCAUGGUGGUAGCGCCGCUGCUGCUGCCGCUGCUGCUGUGGCGGCUGUUGAUGGCGUGGGGCCUGUGUCUCAUCCCAACGCCAUUUCCUUCCCUCCCCUCCCACCUCCCGUGUCCUCCGCCCUGCAUGACCCAUACGUGUUCAAGGCCAAGUUCCACUGGAACAAGGACGACUUCUCUCUAUACACCGCUGGCAUCGGGCUCUUUGCCGUGCUCUCCCAGCUCCUGCUGCUGCCACUGCUGCUCCAGAUUCUCUCCCUUCGCUCCAUCCUCAUCCUCGCUAUUUCCAUCAACAGCUUUCAUAUGGUCCUUUACGGCCUCGCCUGGAAGCCAUGGGUGGUGUACCUCGCGCUUUCAAUGAGCCUCGUCUCCUCGCUCACUCAAACCUCGAUCGGCAGCAUGGUCUCACACCUUGCAGACCCCAGGGAACAGGGCAAGCUGCAGGGGGUGGUGUCGGGCAUGUCGUCUCUCUCUGCCGUGCUCGCACCGCUCACCAUCAACCCCAUCACUGCGUAUUUCAUGUCGGACUCGGCGCCCAUCCACCAGCCUGGUGCCGGCAUCAUCGUGGCAGGCAUUGUCGAGGCGGUGGCAUGUGUGCUUGUGCUGGCACUACCACCAACUGCUGGCAAGGCAGGUGUGAGGGCACUAACCAGCCCCGAUUCACCAACUGACUGCCAUUCCACUGCUGCUUCACCUGCUGAUGAAGCUGAUGCUGAUGCUCAAGGCAACGCAGAGGGUGGGGAUAAGCAUGUCUCUAGUGCUUCAAGUCCAAGUAGCAUGUGA